AUUCUCAGCACAACACGUGCUAUUUCAUCUUCAAUCUCUUCGACUAAUCUGAUGACAGCCCUUAAGCCAUCCUAUCAAGUCUAAACAACUGGUCUUGCCAGGCCUUAUUUCCGUUUGUUUACAAUCAUGCCAUCUCUCUUCGAUCUUCCUCUCCCUAUUCGAGAGGAGAUUUACCGCUGUGCUCUCGUCAUGGACCGUGUUUUCAUCCGACCUUUUAUCUCAAUGGAAUAUGUCACGGAUCCCAAUCGAACAGAGAAACAUGGAAUCCCUACGUUGACCCUUCUCCGUGCGUCUAAGCAAGUAUAUCAGGAGGCUAUGCCCAUAUACUUGAGCGAAAACACCUUCUCUGUCGUCCAAGUCGACAUUCUCGUUGCAGCUCGUGCAGAGUAUCCGCGCGUCUUUGAAAACUUGAAGAUGAUCCGCAACUUGGAGAUUGUAUUCGACUGCCGUGACUACAUCUACAUGGCAGAAUAUCUUGGGGGAGUAUUGCCCAGGGUCUCGACAGAAGUGGCCGUCGAAGACGAGUCAGAAUCGAAAGAGAAGACCAUCUGCAGCUUGCAGGAAAUGCAUGCUCAUCUCAACGUCCCGGGUUUGCGACAGCCCUAUUCCAGUGACACUGAGGAUGAUGAGGAUGAGGAUGACGAAGAUUCUAUUUGGUACGAAUAUCACAACCGCCACAUCGAAAAUAUGAAAGAGUAUCUCUGGGGUCGCACCAUGACGUUUGUUCGACAAGCAUUCAAACUAACCAACCUCUACGUUGACCUCCACCACUGCACCUGUGUUAACGGUUGCUGUCGUCUGGCUACAGAGGUGAUGGAUUGGGGCAGUAUCCAUGUCUGGUUGCAUGGAGUGCCGAAGCAGAUCCAUUUUCGGGGCACUUCGGUCCAGGAGAAGGAAGCUAUAUCUGCGAUAAUUGACCGGCAGCACUUUCAUCGGGCGCUGAAUUUGGGGCAAAUUUACGACCAACACGAAGUGAGGGAUGACCGGGAAGCUGCUGCCCGCUACGAUGAGAUAUUCAAGAAUGUUUACGAGAGGCUUGUAGAAGAAAACGAAGAGCUGCGAGCAAGUAGCUAAGGCGAAGGUGCGGAAGAAUAGCAUCAAAUGGAUGCCCGGUCAUAUGGCUCGAUAAUUGGGUUCCCUGGACGAAUGUGGAUUAUCAAUGUAAUAAAGUGACGAUUUGUGGUUACACUUGAAAUUGAAAAUGCAUUUGCAAUCGCAUCGAGGAAAAAAUA